AGAUAAAUACAUGUGUUCUAUCACAAGAUUAUUAUAGAAAGUAACUUACAAAUUACAACACCGAUCAGGAUUUCCAGUAUCAAGUUUUUCUCUUACUGAGUUCAUCAUGAAGAAAGGGGAAGUCCAAACUUAGAAUGAAUAUUCUUACUGUGUUUUGUUCAGUUUUGUUAUCAAUUGUCAAGAGAUUAGUGGCAGUGACUGAUUAAAAUUUAAGACCUUCCAUUUAAGCUAAUAUUAAUUUUAUAAACAAUUGGAGUCAAGAUGAUGUCCUACAAUAAUAAAGAAUUAAUGAAUGUAAUAUGUGAUAUAAGUGAAAUAAAGUCAAUGAAAGUAGCUGUUAAAUCAUCGCUUCAAUCUGGCAUUGUAGUUGGUACUGCUGCGGCCGUUGGCGGUCUUCUUCUUGGUCCACGUGGAAUUGCACUUGGAAGUAUACUUGCUGGUCUUGGCACUUCAUUUGCGAUGGAGGGACAAUUCAAACCUGUUCCUGAAAUUUUAAAAAACGAUCUAACUGAAAAACAGAAAAAUGAAUUAAUGAAAGCAAUAAGAAAUUUACUAACCGCCCAAAAUAUUAUGACAAUAUCAAUGUUGCUAACUGAAAGAGGUGUCCUAGAAGCUCUUGUAAGAUUGAUAAGCAACUUUUUAAAAAAUCUAAGCUAUGAUAUGAUGUCCUACAAUAAUGAAGAAUUAAUGGAUGUAAUAUGUGAUAUAAAUGAAAUAAAGUCAAUAAAAGUAGCUGUUAAAUCAUCGCUUCAAUCUGGCAUUUUAGUUGGUACUGCUGCGGCCAUUGGCGGUUUUUUUUUUGGUCCAAUUGGAAUUUUCAUUGGAGGUUCGAUUGCUGGUCUUGGCACUGCAUUAGUGAUGAAGGGAAAAUUCAAAUCGGUUCCUGAAAUUUUAAUGAACGAUCUAACUGAAAAACAGAAAAAAAAAUUGAUGGAAGAAGUAAGAAAUUUACUAACCGCUAAAAAUAUUAUGACAAUAUCAAUGUUGCUAACUGAAAGAGAUGUCCUAGCGGCUCUUGUAAGAGUGAUAAGCAAAUUUUUAAAAAAACUAAGCUAUGAUUUAUAAUUUUUUUUUACAUCCAAAUUUUUUUGGUGAAUAGUAAUUGAAUUCAUAUGAUUUUAACUUGAAUUAAUUUCUUUAUUUACGGUCAACAUGAUUAUCCAAGUUAAUUUUUAAGUAUAAAUAAUAAUCAUACUGAUCAAAUAUCUUAAAAAUAAAGCUUCGACUUUAUAUUCAAUAAAAAAAAAUUUUUUCAUUGUUUUUUGAUGGAAUAAAAAUAAUUUCAGUAAAAAAAAAAAUUGAGUUUUUAAUUAAUUUAAGUUUAUACUCCAAGCGGGUAAGUAAUAACUAACGUGCUAUAACUGGGAUAAUAAAAUUCGUCUCGAAUUCUUAAAUAA